CGUCAACCCCAAGGAAUGUUGACCGCUGAAAAAUCUCUGAAAAACUGCUCUUACACUUUCUUCUCUGUCUUCAACUUUCCCAACUUUCUUCUUCUUCAUUCCUUUAUCGCAAUCGCCACUUGAAGUUCUCUGCAACAACUCCACCGCCAAUCACAAUCUCCAAACCUUUUUCACAAUGCAGAAGAGUUCCUCAACAUCUUCCUUAGGUCCAGGUGGCCUCGACCUUUCUCAAGCCUUCUUCAAGCCAAUCCGCGACGCCUCUCCCCCAUCGACUUCAAAGCGCAACACCAAAAUCUCCGUCAUCGGCACCGGAAACGUUGGCAUGGCCAUCGCUCAAACCAUCCUUACUCAAGAUCUGGUCGACGAACUCGUCCUCGUCGACGCCAAGCCCGACAAACUCCGCGGCGAAAUGCUCGAUCUCCAACACGCUGCCGCUUUCCUUCCCCGCACCAAAAUCAGCGCCUCCACCGAUUACUCCAUUACCGCUGGAUCCGAUCUAUGUAUUAUUACUGCUGGUGCUCGCCAGAUCGCCGGUGAAUCUAGGUUGAAUCUGCUGCAGAGGAACGUUGCUCUGUUUCAGAAGAUCGUGCCGCCGCUGGUUCAGUUCUCUCCCGAGACGAUUCUUCUGAUCGUUUCAAAUCCGGUGGAUGUUUUAACUUAUGUUGCUUGGAAGCUCUCUGGUUUUCCUUCAAAUCGAGUGAUUGGAUCGGGAACGAAUCUGGAUUCGUCUAGGUUCAGGUUUCUUAUCGCUGAUCAUCUCGACGUCAAUGCUCAGGAUGUUCAGGCAUACAUAGUGGGAGAGCACGGCGACAGUUCAGUAGCAUUAUGGUCAAGCAUAAGUGUAGGCGGAGUGCCAAUACUAAGCUUUCUAAAGAAUCAACAAAUCGCCUACGAGAAAGAAACAUUAGAGAAAAUUCACAAAGAGGUCAUUGGCGGGGCUUAUGAAGUCAUAAGCCUUAAGGGCUACACAUCAUGGGCAAUCGGCUAUUCCGUGGCGAGCUUGGCUCGGUCACUCCUUCGAGACCAACGGAGGAUCCACCCCGUCUCUGUCCUUGCAAAAGGGUUGUAUGGUAUUGACGGUGGCGACCUGUUCCUCAGCCUGCCUGCGCAGCUCGGGAGGGGUGGAGUAUUGGGGAUCACCAAUGUGCAUCUAACUGAGGAGGAGUCGAGACGGUUGAGGGACUCGGCCAACACCAUCUUGCAGGUGCAAACCGAGUUGGGGAUCUGAAAAUUUUGCACCAACAAUUUAUAUCCAUGGAUGAUAUGGAUGCUUUUGAUGUUGUUUUGAUGGUGUUUGUGUUUCUUUUGAGGUUGGAUGAAGAGUAAAGAGCUAACUUUGAUAAGGGUGAGAUUGAUAAUGUUUUGUUCUAUUACCCUUUAGAAUGAUAUAUAUUAACUAUAAUCACACAAUGUAUAACAUAUAAUGAUGCCCGAUUAAGGCACUACAUCGAUCCAUGGACAAAUUUCCCUAAACUUACGAAAUUUAAUAAGAAUUUAAACUUCAUGUCGUUUUUAUGAAA